AUGUGUCUAUUUUUCCGAUGGCUAGCACCGAUAGGUAUUUGUGCUUCUUUGGACAUUGGCCUAUCAAAUUGGGCUCUAGAAUAUGUCACUGUGAGCUUAUACACUAUGGCUAAAUCCAGUUCAAUUCUCUUCAUUGUGGCAUUCUCUCUCUUGUUGAGAUUAGAGAGAUGGAGAACAUCGCUCGGUGUUGAAGCAGCUUUCAUCGCCAGUGGACUGUUUCUCUUCACUUGGCAAAGCUCACAGCUUGAUUUCACAGGCUUGUUGUUAGUUGAACUCGCAGCAUCCUGUACUGGAAUAAGAUGGACAGUUUCUCAGCUGGUUAUGCAACGCGAUGAGCAUGCUGUACGAAACCCGUUAGAUAUGGUUGCACAUGUUCAACCAUGGAUGUUUAUUCCUAUAAUUCCGUUAGUGGUCUUUUUCGAAGGCCCUCAACUCAGUUAUGAAACUGUCUUCUAUUACAAAGGAGUUGAAGCGCCUUUCCAGGUUCUGCUAUUGGCUUGCAUCGGAGGAUUGUUAGCAUUCUGUAUGGAGUUAUCCGAAUAUCUAUUACUAGUAAACACUUCGGGUAUCACUUUGAAUAUUUUUGGAAUUGUGAAGGAAAUCACAACGCUUCUCUUAGCCCAUAUGAUUAAUAAGGACAAAUUGACAUACAUGAACUCUAUGGGAUUAGUGUUAUGCUUUACUGGCAUGUUGAUUCACGCUUUCACACGACGUCGUCAAAGUAAUGAGAAGGAAAGAAAAAGGACACAUUUACCGAAAAAAGCAGAUGAUUCAACGCAUAUGCUACUCGAGGCGGAAGAUAUGGACGCCUAA